AUGUCUCUGUUUGAUGAUUUCUUAGAGUCCACUGAAGCGACAGCAGUAGAAGCAAGAUCAACCUUGGACCUGAACAAGCAUGAGCAACAUGUAGACGAUAUCAGCAAACCGGUCAAGAGCCCCAAGAGAGAAACAGGCUAUGUGGCAGCAGGAUCCCACAAGGGAGGAGAUCCUCUCUUCUCGCUGCAAUAUGUCCAAUUUCAGCUACCUGCGUCAUUAGUGUACAUGGCAGUAGAGAACAAUAUACUGGCUGCUGUAUUGGAUAACUUUCGUAUAUUGAGAAUUGACCUUGAUAACCCACUGGAAGUAGACGUGGUCGAGAUAUCCAGAAAGCCAAGCGCCACCAAAGUAUUGCAAUUGUUUCUUGAUCCCACCGGUCGACACAUUAUCGUAACAACUGACAAUGGCGAGAACUACUAUCUAUUUCACAAAUGGAGACGAACCAAGGAAUUGGCCAAAUUGAAGGGCACUGUCAUCACCUCCAUUGCGUGGAACAAACGAGCCAGUUUAUCAGACACAUCCACCCGAGAAAUACUGAUUGGCACCAGCAAUGGCAUUGUGUACGAAACCUGCUUGGAACCUACAGAUGAAUUCUUUCGUCGAGAGGAGAAAUAUUUGAUCCAGCUCUAUUCGCUGCAUGAACCCAACAUGCCUAUCACUGGCUUGCAUUUCGAGCGAUUCCCUUCAGACCGUCGCAAGUACCUGAUCAUGCUAUCAACACCCACCCGUCUCUAUCACUUUAUCGGAUCAGUGAAAUACACAAGCACCACCACCACCAGCAGUGACCAUGAUUUACCUGCUGCUGUAGGAGACCGAGCACUAUUCGAACUUGUUUUUGCUGAAUACAAACACAAUCCUGAAUUCCAAGCACUACCCAGUGAUCUCGACUAUAGCAAAAUGCAGUUUUUCAACCGAUUUCCAGAACUGCAACUCAAGGGAGUGCCACAGACAUUUGCUUGGUUGACAGGCGCCGGUAUUUAUCACGGCAAUCUCGACUUUAGUGAAAAGGACGACCAUGUCAUUACAGACGCCAAUUUACUGCCAUUCCCCCCAACGACCUAUGAUGAAGUAUCCGGUAACUUAGUCACUGAUAUACCCAUUUCUAUCGUGAUUACAGAAUUUCAUUUCAUACUGUUGUAUGCGGGAUACGUGCGAGCAGUUUGCAGACUGAACGACAAGAUUGUGUUUGAGGAAGUGAUCCCGCUUAACAAGGACGAAGUAGUGCGAGGCUUGGCUGUGGAUGACAUGAAGCGGACGUAUUGGAUCUACACCUCAGAUGCCAUGUAUGAGCUGGUGAUCAAAGACGAAGACAGAGAUGUGUGGAAACUGUACCUGCAGAAGAAGAAUUACACAGUGGCAUUGCAGUACUGCAAGGAGCAAUCGCAACGAACGCAAGUUUAUACAGCACACGCACAGGAAGACUUUGAUCAGCGUCGUUACAUGCAGAGCGCAGAGUAUUUCGCCAAGAGUGCCGUGUCGUUUGAAGAAGUCGCCUUGAAAUUUACAGAGAAGAAGGAAAGAGACGCAUUGAGGUUCUUUUUGAUCAAUCGACUGGAGAGACUCGGGCCCAACGAUAGAACACAAAAGACGCUAAUUUCAACAUGGCUGGUGCAAUUGUAUCUGUUUAAGAUGAACCAGUUGGAGGAUGUGGCAGCGUCAGUCAACUUUACAUCCACAGGUGGCACCAUGACACAGUCAUCCAAAUUCUAUCAAGAUCAGCAACAGAGUAUCAAGGACGAAUUUCGCUCAUUUUUAGAGACAUACGGUGUCUAUUUACACAUCCCCACCACUUACAAACUGAUAUCGAGCCAUGGAUUUGGAGCAGAGCUGCUGUACUAUGCGUUCUAUAUUGGUGAUUAUGAAAAAGUGAUUGAUAAUUGGAUAUCUGAAAAGAAAUGGGACAAGGCAAUUGAAACACUGGAUGGGCAGAACAAGAACGAGUUGUUCUAUAAGUUCAGCACUACGCUGAUGGAGAAUUCACCAGAAAAGGCUGUAAAUAUGUGGAUUAAUCACCCCAAGUUGAAUCCAAGGCUUCUGAUACCCGCUUUGUUACGCUACAACCACUCUACAAGGGAAGAUCGAGCAUCAGAGAACCAAGCCAUACGCUAUUUAUCGUACCAGGUGUCCACACUGGGCAGCACGGACCCUAUCAUUCAUAAUUUCCUAUUGACAUUGUACGCUACACAACCCACAAGCGAUGAAACAGCUUUAUUGACCUUUUUAAAGAAUGAGGGCCGAGAAAUGCACUAUAAGCUGGAUUAUGCACUGAGAGUGUGCAGCCACAACAAUAGAACUCAAAGUUGUGUACAUAUCUACAGUCAAAUGGGGCUGUAUGAAGAGGCAGUGGAUUUGGCAUUAAAGCACCGAGACUUGGAUUUGGCACGCAUCAAUGCAGAGAAACCAGAAGACGAUGAUGUGUUGCGAAAACGAUUAUGGAUUAGUAUUGCCAAAUAUGUAAUUCAGGAUAACAAGGACAUCAAAAGUGCCAUGCAAUUCCUGAAAAAAUGCGACCUACUCAAGAUGGAAGACAUUCUGCCGUUCUUUCCUGAUUUUGUACUUAUUGAUGACUUUAAAGAUGAAAUUUGCUCUGCUUUAGAAGAAUACAAUAUCAACAUAGAAGAUCUGAAAACUGAAAUGGAUAAUGCCACAUUGAGCGCCGAUCACAUUAGACUUGAUAUACGUAAACUAAAGAAAAGAUUCGCCAUUGUUGAAGAAGAUCAGAUGUGUUGCUUGUGCGAAUACCCAUUAUUGACGAGACAGUUCUAUGUGUUUCCUUGUAACCAUGAAUAUCAUGCAGAUUGUCUUCGCAACAGAGUCACAAAGCAUCUACCUACACGACAGAUCAGAAAACUAGCAGAUAUUCAGGAACAGCUUUCACGCGAGUUCAAAUUGGCUAGAACAAUGCAGUCUGUGGAGGAUGAGAAGGCGAUCACUGCUCGGAUUGAAGAUUUGAGACAUCAAUUAGACGACAUCGUAGCCCAUCAAUGCGUGAUGUGUGGCGAUAUCAUGAUCAACUCAAUUCAUGUGCCUUUCAUUGGUGACGAGGAAGCAGAUGUAGUGGCAAAUUGGGCUAUUUAA